AUGGUAGAUAUGCAACGUCACUCCUUCGAGGAAACCUCUAUAGGAAGUCACAAGCAUCCUUUGACUUUACACUCUCAAUCCGAGUUUUCCAAGGGUAAUGGGCCUGUGCAAAUGACUGAAUUUGCAACCAUCAAUUUGCCAUUCUUUGAAACACCUACUUCUCAGUCAUUGUCAAAGCCCAAGGCCCAACCUGUUCUGACAUCCGUCCCUCGUUCCAAAGAAAAUCGGGUGUCAUCACCCAAAAGAGGUCGCAGCAGAGUAAGGAACAAUGGGAAUACAGCAGUAGCAAGAAGUUCCUUCCGAAGUCCCAUGUCGCCUGAUAGAUUCAUCCCAAAGCGAGACUUUGUGGAACCAACAUCAACAACCUUUCGUGUGGCCAAGCAUCCACAGCGCCUUUCGCCUCAGGAGAGACUAUUUCGACGACUUCCUCCCGGAGAUGAUCCAUUCCUACCCUCAAUCCCGCGUAUGACUUAUGUUGCUACCAGACCCCUGCAGCCAACUCGACUCCAGCAGAUCCCACAUCAACGGCCUCGUCUAGUCACUGAAGGCAAUAUCACAGGCAACAACGCUGCACACGAAUCUUUGAGACGGAUCAGCUCUGGUGCAGUUUGGAACGUGGGUGGGCCUUCUGCAGUCCUCGGUGGUUCCCUUGUUGAAGCUCCUAAUGACACGCCGAUCACGUCGACCAAUGGAUCAUCAACUGCCCCAAAUUUCGUGGCUCGAUUCUUGCCCAAGAAACCCAAAUACAGUGAACAAGAAAUCCAUGAGUCAAGGCUUGCACUUGCUUUGGGGAUUGACCCAACGACUAGACAGCUUGACUUUGAGCGCCUUUCUCCAUAUAAUUGGAAGGACAAUGCUUGGAAGAAAGUUGAAAAGGAGCGUUGGCGCGCAUCUCCUGCCAAAAAAGAGAUUGUUCCACCCAAGCCUUUUCGAAUCCUUGAUGCCCCCUUCCUUCGGGACGAUUUUUACUGCAGCACUCUUGCAUACUCAACAACUUCUGGGAUACUGGCUGUGGGCCUGGGCCAUCAAGUAUAUCUCUGGUCUGAAGGCCAUGGAGUGGAUUAUCCCCCCUUUCCAGAUCUACACCCCUCAAAUUAUGUGACCUCCCUCUCGUUUUCUUCUGAGGAUGGCGAGCGAAGCAUCCUUGCAGUGGCCCGGCGAUCUGGUCAGCUGUCUCUAUGGAGCACAUUCGAGAAGCAAGCCCGGUUUGAGAUCAGUCAUCCCAGUACCCUUACAUGCGUGGCAUUUAAACCGAAAACAUCACGGCGACUUUCAGAACGGUUCAUGCAUGUGUUAGUCAACGUGGAAGAGAUUGUUGUCGGUGAUGACUUUGGGAAUAUUUGGUACUAUUCGGUCGAGUGGUCUGACCAAGAAGACCAAGCUAAGUGGAAAUGGAACGGGUCCAUGACGCUUCUUGCCAAGAUCUGUGCACACACUCAACAAAUCUGUGGGCUGGCUUGGUCACCCGAUGACAAGUACCUUGCCACGGGCGGUAAUGACAACGCCUGCCUUCUCUUUAAACUUACCGAGAUUGUUCCACGGCAGCAUUUGAAGUAUACGGUCCCGCCCACUACGCCCCCAGAUUCCCCUAGCAGCUUCAGUCUCGGUGUAUUUCCAUACCUUGCACUGGGCACCGCAAGAAGACGAUUGUCUCUUAAACGACCUGCUCUCCCAUCAUGGCUUGCUGCUCCGACUAAGCCUCCGGCCACAGCCGCGCUUUUAAACCAUGCAGGCACUCUAAUUUCAGGUGGUGGGCGAACGAUUCUAGUCCCAUACGGCCGUCAGAAGCAUCGUCUGAUGCACUCCGCUGCGGUCAAAGCAAUUGCAUUUGCGCCAUGGCAGUCAUCCCUGCUUGCGACGGGGGGAGGUACCAACGACAGAGCUAUACACUUUUAUCAUACCCGGAGCGGAGCCUGUCUCGCAACCAUCAAUGUCUUUGCGCAGGUGACCAGUCUUAUAUGGAGCGAAACUCGACGUGAGAUUGCUGCUACUUUCGGUUAUGCACAGCCCGAUCACCCAUUCCGAAUCGCUGUAUUUGCCUGGCCCAGCUGCGCACAGGUGGCCGUCGUUCCCUGGGGGCCCUAUGGAACCACCUGGGACGGCCCCGACACUCGAGUCAGCAACUUCGACUGCGGAAGGGCACUAUGGGCAGUACGAUAUCCAGGGAAAGUCCCUCGUUGCCCGGGUGUAUACUCUAAUACAUCGGACAGUCAGUCAUCGUCACCCUCGUCAAGCCGGAGUCGGCCUACAGAGCGAGGAGCCCCGACCCAGGCUUGCAAGGUCAGCAGUCGCAAGGUCGGUGCUCGGAUGGUCGCUCCCAAGGAGAAAGAAGGCGGAAUGUGGUGCGCACGAACAAAGGAGGAGGGAUGCAUUAUUGUCGCGUCUAGUGAUCAAACCGUGAAGUUCCAUGAAGUCUGGACUGGAAGAAGGACAAAUACUACCUCUGCUUGUGGACUUUUCGGCGGAAGCGACAUUCUCGAGGGCCUGGAAGGAAUUGAGAAAACUGGUGAUGAAGUCAUUCGUUAG